CACACCGAAAUCCAGCCCACUACAGCUCAAAUUAAUCACUAUGUCCACCCCCGCUCCUCCCCCACCAACAACAACAAACCCCGGCGCCCUCCCAACCCCACAAACCCACCUCCGCCUCGCUCGCCCCUCCCUCUCCCUCCCCGCCGCCGAGACCUUCUACGUCCACGGCCUCGGGCUGAGCGUUCUCUACCGCUCUCCUCCCCAAGGGACGCACCCCGACCAACACCCCGAAGACCUGCUUAUGCUCGGCUACCCCGGUGGAGCGUGGCAUCUUGAACUAGUCCACGCACCCGACGGGAAGGGAGGGACGGAGAUCUCAUUCCCGGUGCCGAGGCCGACGGAGGAGGAUUUAUUGGUUUUGUAUGUUGAAGGGCCGGUAGAUGAGGGGUUGGUGAGUAGGAUGGUAGAGAAGGGGGGAAAGAGGGUGGUGGCGAGGAAUGAGUAUUGGGAACGAUGGGGGGUGACGGUGGAGGAUCCGGAUGGGUAUAGGGUUGUGCUUUGUACGAGGGGGUGGGAGAAUGUUGCUGUUGAGUAGGCAGGGGUGGAUAUUGGCAUUAGGAUUUAUUUUAUAUACUCGGGC